AUGGAAACUGACUAUUUCUCGGAUUCUCAUGAUUGGGGCCUCUUAAACUUUCUAACUUUCCGCCAGAAAGAAAAAAAUUGGACGGGGGAUAAGUGGAAAGAGUAUAAUACGUAUACUGAGACCUUGCGCACCAUAGCUAAAACCCGAACAAACCAACAAAUGGCAGUCACCGCUCUGGAUACUUUUGAAGCUGAGUUGUUGAUGAUCUAUCGUGCUCGAUGUGGGAUUAUAAUUUCUAAUAAGAGUUUUCAUAAAAAGGAUGAAACGAAUACCAAAGAAGUAAAAGAAUUCUGGGACAAAGUGGAGAAGAAGCAAAAGGUCAAGGAAUUGGAAAAUAUUCUUGAGGAUUUAGAUUAUGUAUUCAUUGUGGAGCGUGCGUUAGAACACAAUGACUAUAUUAAUGAAGUGGGGAAAAGGCGAAGAACUUUGUUGGAAAAAAGAAGGGAAGGACAGGAAGAGGAGGAAGAACUUUCGACCAGAGUGAUACUCAGAAAAAGAAAAAAGGUUACCUACGCUGAUAGCUUAUCGGAGACAGAUUCAUCGGAUGAUUAUGUAGAAGAAUCUAAAAGGAAUAAAAAUAAACAGAUAUCAAAACAAUAUGUCCGUGAAGAGAAUAAUACACGCGAGAUACCAAAUCAAAAUACACCCAAUGACAUUUUCGAGACAUCAAAUCAUACACCAAAAAGUAGAAUCGAUAAAAUCAAAAAACGCGUGGACGAAGUUUGUGAACCUUCAACGGAUGAGCUAAUUUUAAGACCGCCACUUUCACUUUCAUCUUCUGCAAACAAGAAAAAGGGCUUUGUAAGAGAGAUGUUGGGUGUAAAACCCAAACACGUUCGGUUUGGUGCUGACGGAUCAGUUGAAGAGGUGAUCAGCACGGAUAAUGCCGAGGACACUGGUGAGACUGAUCUGGCAUUUUCUGGUCCAGGGCGGCUGAUUAGUACUUGUAUGAACUUUGCGAGAAAGAACAAUCAUAGACUAUCUAAAAAAAAAAUUAAUGGAGACACGGACAAUGAAAGUGGGAAAGGUAAUGGGACACAACCGCGCGAAACUUUGGAUCAUGAUAUUAAUGAGUGUGAUACUAGAGAGGAGCAGAUUGAGGUUUCGAGGCGCGAUUACGAUGAAUUACAACUGUACAGUGGAAGUCCCGUUGUCGGCGAUACGAUUGCUUACAAAAUAAUGGAAAUGUCUGAUUCAUAUACGCCCGAAUGGUCCGACUUUAAAGAAGCGAGAAUACUCGGAUUCGAUACGUCGUCGAAUCUGGUUACUCUUCAAGUUUGCAAUAAAGUCUCGGCCAACAAGUCUAGGUUUGGAAAGUUUGAUCUUGAGGAAAUGGAGGACUAUUUGGUCGAGGGUCAAAAUGCAGAAACAGUAUCGGUAGAAUGGGACAUGUUGGCUGAUGUUCGAAAGAUUGUUGAUUAA